CGCUCUGCGCUGUGAGCCUGAACAGGCGCACACCGCUGCAGCCUUCAGUCCGUCGCCGUGACACGUUAACAGCUUGUAUGCAUACCAAAGCACAAUCUGAGCCAUUAUUCUGGCGGGAGCGAUGUAACUUUCCCCGAGAGAAGUGGGCAAAAUAAGAUCCAGUGUAACCAGUCCGCCACCUAGCUGCGGAGACGCGCCGACAGAGAUCUGUCGACUGUAUGAUUAUGAAAACACCCGCGCCAAUGUUGUUGCACAGUAGGCUCUGCGCUCUGAUGCGACUGAAAGUCGGUUUUAGGAGGUGUUUUAACCUCCGAUGGCCUUAGUUAUGUAAUCAAAGCAACAUCUAAUGCACCAAAAGCUGUGGGAUUGCUGUUGGUGCGAAGGGGAGAGCAGGACAGCAACACCUUCACCUCCUGCCUAAACGCAGUUGGCUCUGGGACGCGCUCUGGGCAGAAGGGCUGGCAGAGGACAGAUAGAAGAGAAAAAGGUGGCUGUGGACUAAUCCACACCACAAACACUACCAGCAAGCAUAUUUUGAUGCUGCGUAGAAGCCACUUCCACGCUUUGCCUAAAGAGAGAGAUCUUCCCUCGCUGGAUGAAGGAUCCCAUCUGUAUGUGGACUUCUAAAGGAUCAUUUUAUUUUUUUGUAAAUCUCCACACCUACACCUGGCUGUUUGCUCUCAGACCUUGACCCCACUAACCCCACGGGGCCAUUUAAGUGUUAUACUGGGAACGCCAAAGCACCUUACUUCUCCCCCCUGACUUCUCUGAUGGACCAGAGAGUGAAGGGGGGUACCCCUCCAACCAUAAACUCCACUGUGGACCCCUCCUCUGCACCUGAAGACUCUGAAAAGGACCAGGUGGCAGAGAAUAGGAAGAAAGGUGAAGGGGAGAAUGGAGAAUUGGGGAAGAAAGAGGAGGAGAAAAGAGGAGUGGGGAGGAAACGGGAAGGAGACAAGGGGGCAGUGCUAGAGCUACUCAUCGAGGGGCGCUGUGGAAGCACGGGGCAGCAACAGCUCCAGAUCUCUGGCAGAGAGACAAGCUGCCCUGAGGGGAAUGUGAGACUUCGAAUUGGACUCCAGGCCAAACGUACCAAGAAGCCGCCCAAGAUCUUGGAGAGCUAUGUCUGCAAGCCUACCAUCAGGACCUAUCAGAGACAGGGCAGAGGGGGACUGGUGAAGGGGGAGGCAGAGGGAGGAGUGGGCCAGCAGAGUAAAACCAGCUCCACUCCAGACGAGGCAAGCAGAGAGCAACGCUCAGGCUUGGAUGCUGUCCAGACCACAUCCAAACAAACUGCAUCUGCUGCUCCACCACCACUUGCAUCAUCAUCAUCGUUAUCAUCUUCAUCAUCAUCUUCAUCACAGACACUGUCGUUAUAUUCAACAUUUACAACUUCCACCCCAGCCUCAGUCACUGCCCUGUCAAGCCAAGAGACCAAGACUGCCAAACAGGUUCCUAUCAAACUGGCUGAUAAGACCGAGGUGAAUUCAAAUGGCACAUCUGAGAGAGUGAAGAAAGAGAAGUUUCCAUUUGUCAAUGGCCAGCCUGUCUCUGCAGGGCACCAACCCUCUUCACCCACUACAGACCAGGCAGCUUCUGCUACGCCCUCGACACCUUGCAACCAAACAAUCUCUGCAGCAGAAAUCAGGAGUGAAGGAAACACCUCCAAGAAACAUAAUGGUUUGGUACAGACAGCCAAACAGAAAGGACUAUCAAAUGGGAAAGGGUCUGCUGACAUUGUUGGCACUACCCCCUCAACAAAAACUAAGAGUGGAAAACACAGUCCUUCCACCUCUGCUUCUUCCUCAACAAAAUCUCCACCAGUCUCUACCGGCACCCAUAAAGAGGUUGGCUUGUGCCAUAAGAUCAAGCCAGAUUCUCCUUCAACUCCCACUGUCACCCCAAAACCACAAUCUCCCCCUGGUGUGGAUCCUUCCUCAGUCCAAUCCCAGGAUCAGGAUCCUUCUCUGCAGCCCUCACUAGAGAAAAAGAGAGAGAAAGAGAAGAAAGCAAAGAAAGAGAAACGGAGAGAGAAGAAAUCAAAGCGAGAUAGAAUAGAGGCUGAAAGAGCAAAGAGUGAGAGCAGGAAGGAGGACAGCAAGAAGAAGAAAAAAGAAAAAGGGAAGGAUGGAAAGUCUAAGCAUGGUAAAGACAAGGAUGAAAGACAAAAGACUGAUGAUACACGGAGGGAGGAAGUAAAAACUGAAAAAGGAAAAGCUGAGAAAAAGAAGGUUAAGCUUAGCCCAGACAGACAAAGAACAGAGAAUAACAAUACAAAAUGUAGUGAAACAGUUGAUAAUGGUACAGAGGACAAAACUAGUAAAAUAGUGAACCCAGGCAGACCGGACGAAAAAGACAAAGCAGACGACAGUUGCAAGCCUGUUAAACAAGCUGAACCAGCAACAACAACAGGUGACACCAGUAAAUCAAAAGAACAAGACAUCUCAAGACAUUCAACUGUGCCUCCAGCCCACCCCUCUUCUACGGCUCCUCCUACUUUGCCCACUCCUUCCAGGGCACCCAUCUCUCCCCCUUCUUCCCCUCAAGAGCAAGACAGCCGACCGCUCAAGAAACGUAAAGCCAGACGGCCCAGCUGGACCAAGCUGGUGCACCGGGCUCAGAAGGCGGAAAGUCAGGAAGUCCCUUCAGAUUCUCAACGUAAUCCUUUACUAAGUUUCCCCCAGAACCCCAAGACGUCCCUCGCUGCCAAGGCAACUACUCAGCAGACAGAUGACUCACAUGCAGCUCCUUCUAGCUCCUUAACCAGCAGCUCCUCCCCUCUUUCUACUGCAACCAAACCUCCAUCCCCAAAACAGAGUCAUCCCAACUCUGACCCUAACCCCUUUGCCUCUAAACGCCCUAUAACCCCUGCCCGAAAAAGGGGCCGCCCUAAAUCUCAAAAUGUAGAUGACCCUCCUCCUAAGCUUUCACCAAAUGCUAUCUCAUCUGAGGUGCCUCUUCUAGGGCGUGACGGAGCUCAGAAAGCCCCUGUGCUCGAGCCAAGUCCAAUACUGCCUAGUGCUGCUCAGACUAAAUCCAGCCCCAAGAAACGUGGCCGUCCUCCCAAACGCCCCCUCCCUGGCGACCAGAGCGAAGAUGCACUGAAUCAAACUGAUGAUGAAGACAGGAGUAAAGAUUUUCAUCCCUCUGAAAAGGGAAAUAGGCAGCUAAAGAUCAGGAGACUGAUAAAUGAGAUGAAGAAAAGAAAGAAGAGGAGACUUCACAAGGUAAUGCUGUCUGGAUAUGUAGCAAAAGAAGGGAGGAGAAAUGAGGCAGCAGAUGGUGAGACCUCUCUAAGAAUGUGUAAAUCGAUAGAGGCUACAACAGUACACACACUCUCCGCCCUGUCGUCCUCCUUUGGGGGUAAGCUAGGCCCCCAGAUCAAUGUGAGUAAGAGAGGAACCAUCUACAUGGGCAAGAGGCGAGGACGCAAACCUAAAGCUCAAACAACUAACCUUAAUUCCCAAAACUCCACUCAGUCAUCUCUGUUUACGAGUCCCUCUGAAACAUCGCUCUUCUCGACUUGCCAACCCCAGGCUCUUCCCUCUCACCCCUUUCCAUCUCCAUCUCUUACCCACUCCAGUGGGGCCCAGAGCCCUUACAGUGAAGGCAGCCUCACAGAACCCACUUCAUCUCUACUUUUUUCUCACCCCUUCUCCCUACCAUCCCCAUCAUCGUCCUGCACCUCUCCCCGCCCCCCUUCUUCCUCAUCCCUCUCCCCCUUUGUGAAGAAGAGUUGUCCAUGUCAGGGAAGGCAUCACUUCCCCUUUCACCAGUCUUCAUGUAAGCUCUCCUGUCCAACACCUCCACUCCAUCACACACCUGGCUCACCCGGCCACCUGAAAGAGGCCACCCCCUCCCCCAGGAGUGAAUCACACAGUGAAGAGACUCUGCCUAGUGAUAGCGGAAUUGGAACAGAUAACAACAGCAUUUCAGAGCGAGGGGAGAUGAGAGGAGCUCGAGGGAUGCUUAGGUUGGGCCAGGGUUCUGGGGUAAUUCUAGGAGGUCAGAGGCAUACCUCGUCUCUUGUGGACCGUCCAUCUCCUGUCUCCUCACCCUUGUCUCACAUGUCCAGACACCAUGUCAACCCGAUAACCAAUCCAACUGCUGUAGAGCGACACAGAGACAGGCACAGACACAGGCGGAGGGAUUACGACUGCUCCUCUUCCUGUACGUGCUUGUGCCCGUGCUCAUGCCCAGGACACAAUAAGUGCACUCAUUCAGACUUUUAUCCUUGCCAUGGGCAUAAUGCACUGAAGAGACAGAAAAAUAAACACAAGAAAAAGCACCAGCAGCUGCACAUGCAGGAUCCAGAGUUUCUGGCUGAAUUAGAAGAAAUGAUCAGUCAGUUCAGCGAGAUACAUAUCGGACGAAGGAGUUGGGCUAGAACAGGACUGGGACAGGGCUUUGAUGGGAAUGCCGCUGGAGGAAGGCGCCAUCACUCCUCCCAUUCCCUCCGCUCCAAUAUAUUCAGGAUAAAUCUGAAUGGUUUCUACUCGCCUCACCCUUCGUCUUACUCUGCUAAUCCUUCCUUCACCCCUCAGCCUUUCUAUUCUUGCCAGCCAGUGCAUUGUAACCGGAAGCCGGACCGAAGGCAGUGUGGUUGCUCAACAAAGUUCCAGGAGACCAUUGAAAAUAUGGGCUUUUAUAGCAGCUAUCCCCCAGCUACACCACUUUACCACCACCUCCCUAACUCCUAUGCACUCCCAUCUCCUCACCAGUAUGCCCCCCAUCAGCCCCACCACGCCCACUUCUUUCUUAACCCUGCCAGAUUCCACAGGCGCAGAAGCAGGUUGCUGAGAGAGGGGGCUUUAGGGGGAGAGGUUGAAGGAGAUGUACGGGGAGGCAGUGGGGGAACCCCACACCUCACAUCAGGGUUCACAUCAAGCCUCUCCUGUGGCUGUGGGAGGAGUGAACACAAACAUAAACAUAAACACCGUCACCGGCACUGCGAGCGAGACAUGGACGAUGAGGAAGAUUUACAUGGGGAUGAGGAGGAGGAUGGUAUGGAGAGAGAGGGGUUAGUCAGUUCAAAGUCAAGGUCAGGGUUCAUCCUGGGACAAGGUGAAGGGGGAAGAAAAGGGAACAGAGGACUGGGGAGUAUGCUAUCCAAAGAAUCACUUUGGUCAUGUGAGAAUGGAAGUGAGUCCUUCUCCUCUGCUGCUCCUGCUGCCAGCACUUCAUCAUCAUCAUCCACAUCAGCAGCAGACAGGUUCAAACACACAUCGCUCACCUCACUGGGGCUAGGAUCCACUCACCUGUCCUCAUUUGGGGGCGGAUGGGGGGGUCUUGGUCAGACUUGGAUAAAAUUUGGGGGUCUUGGAGGGGCAGGAUUUGGAAGCUCCAACCAUAGCUGGAGAACAUUCACCGGGGAGCAACAACAUACAGGCAGAGAUAUUGCAUCAGAUGGAGAGGAUGAAGACGAGGAAGAUGUUCAACAAUCGCACCUUUACAGGACGUCCCCAUCCCCAGUCCACACCAACCUAUUCACAUCUGCUGCCAUGGCAACAGGGGGGAGGGGUCUGAGGAGUGGAUUGGCCAGUAGGAUUUCAGGAAGUGGAGACAGGUCAUGGAGGAGAGAUGAGCCUGCCUGGACAGAGAGAAGAGAAUCAGGUUUACAAGGUGACUCAAGAAGCUGGAGCCAGCAGAAAAAUGUGCCAACAACAGACAGUGUGGCAGUGAAAAACAAAAGAAGGCCAGGACGGCCUAGGAAGCACCCAUUACCCUCCGCUGUAUCUUCCCCCACACACUCCCCUGCAGCUCCCUUCAUGUCAUCACCUGAACUCUUGCCAGGACACAGCCAUAACAGAGAUGGAAGAGAGGUGGGAGGGAGAACAGAAGAGAGGGGGCCAGAGAAAGAUGGAGGAGUGGAGUCAGUGCAGCAGGUGACAGAGCUGGAGCUGCAGGCCAAGAGGAAGAGAGGACGGAAGAGAAAACAUGGUGACUCCCCCUGUCAUCAGAGUGUCGCUGAGGAUAAACCAGAGUGUGACACACCCACUGAAUGUUUAAACCAGUCAGAUGUGGACCAGGCUCCAUCCCAACCAGUAACCAUCCAACAAGAGGAGAGAGAAGAUGGCCCUCCCAGGAAGAAGUUUCUGAGGGCAGGUCUUUACUCUGAUGAUUACAAAACCACAGACCCCCCUUCCCAUUCACAGCAGUUUCCAAGAGAAAGUAUGGAGUAUACACCAGGGGAUCGUGAUUAUAGCCUUCUACCAGCUCCCAUUCAUGUUGGGAAGUACCUAAGGCUUAAGCGGAUUCAUUUCCAGUUACCCUAUGAUGUUAUGUGGCUUUGGCGACAUAACCAGCUUUGCAGGCAGCCUGCUGUCCCCCUGAAGAGGAAGAGGCGUUACUGCCGACUGAAGGACAGGACUUUAUCCUCUCACCAGACAGUGGAAGAGACCUCCAGUGACAUUACCAGCCUUUUUCCUCACCUUGACAUGGAUCCUUUAACCAGCAGUGAGAGGAACUUUGUGGUGAAACACCAAGUAUUUCUCGUGAGAAACUGGGAGCUUGUGCGAGACAGACAGAUCCGACUGAGGAUAGAGAGAGAGAGGGAAAGGGAGGGAGACAUAGAGGGAGAGGAGACCGACUCACGACAUCUGUCCUGUGAUGGAGCUGAUGGGGACGACAGCCACAUCAAGUCAGAUCAGCAAGUGGGGGUGGAAGUGACGGUUAUCAGCAGUGACCCCCACCAUCAGAGUCAGGACACCUCCAGCUCACUCACUGCCAGCCCCUGUCCCACCAAAGCCCAGAACAGACAAGAGGAGGAGAGAGAAGAAGAAAAACGAGGGGAAGAGGAGGUUUGCAGCAGAGAACAGCGGAGGAAACGGCUGAAUGAUUUACUUUUGACCCUGCAGCAUUCAUAAGCUAAUAGAACGGGGUGGGACCACUCUGCAAAAGGGACCAGGCCCACCACCAGACCAACAGACAGGAACUGAUGUCAAAGCACUGCUACUAAGAGUAGUUGUGCCACAGAAAACAAGGGAGAAAGGAGCAGAAAACUGGAGAAUAAUAGUAACUGAACAUGCAAGAAAGACUUCUCACACACUGACAGAUGAGUGUGUUGAACCUAGUGCUCUGAAGGGCAUCACACCAAGGAUGAAACCAUGGCAACCCAUCUUUUGUCCAAACGGCGCGAGAUGAGCGAAACAGAGAAACAGACCAGCAGAAAUGAAUUUGCACUAGUGCUGGAUGAACAAGCACACUAAAGACUGUAUGCUGAGUGGACACACUAUAAACACACAUAUAUGCUUUGAUUGCUCUUACUUCGGCACCUUAAGCAAACUGGGAGAGACAAACAUUGAUCUGAGAAUGAAAGUGGACUCAAAUGGUACUCAGCGUCUUCAGCUCUGAAGUUUCCAAGAGACGAGGAGCUCACAAGCUUCCCGGGGGUAAAAAAAAUGUAGCCUGGGCCUAAGUAGGUCAAAACUGAACCGUCAUUUUCUCGUUAAGCUUUCAAAGUCACUUUGCACCUUUGGGAAAUGACAUGAGGAGAAGUGAGCCAGUUAAAGGCUGUUGAGACAGUGUUACUUUACCAAGACAGUGUCUGUUAUGUACCAGUGAAUAGGCAGGGGAGGGGGUGGGCUUAGUGAUAGGAAUUUUGGCAUCGCUGCAAGAGAAUUUCUAAUGAGGUUUUAAGAGAGAAGUUAUUUUUGAAAAAGAAAACAGCUUGAGUACUAUCUGCUAAAGAAAUUGACAAACUAUAUUCAUGAUAGGAAUGUUUAUUGUUGACUAUUUUCAGUAUUGCUUCCUGGGGAAGGGUAAAAAGUGUUUCUGUUUACUUCAGACUGCCUUUGAGAAUGUUUCACUCUUUGCUCCAGAGCAGUGACAAUCAGAAUGUCCUUGCGGGAGAAGGAGCGAGGAAAGGGAAUGAAAAAUGUAAUUGAUUUGUCCCAAAUGCUCUGUAGAAGUGCCAUGUUGUCUUGUGUACGUACCUAAGCGAACUCAUGCAGUCUUUUAAAGCAAUAUCUCCUGUGAUAAGGACUAUAUAAGGACUUUCUUGGUUAUGUUUUUGUUUCAGUUGUGCAUAUUGGGGGAUUGGAGGUCAUUUUUCUGUACAGAUGCAUAUUAGAUUGUUCUCAUCUUAGGAGCAUCGGGCUAAUCCACUUAGUGGAAGCAACCAUAGCAUUUAGUUUCAUGUGAAUGUACAUAGAGACCGGUUUUCCUUCUAUCAGCAGUAGCGUGUAAAAUGAGUAUUAUUCAUGACAGUACUAUUUGGAUUAUACAUAAAAGUUAUUAAUCAAAUCUUUCAUUUUACUAAGAUGUUUUUAACAAAUUAUACAGCUGACCAAUAUAUCAAACAUUUCUCCUUAAAAUUGACUAUGAUUGUAUAUGAUUUUUUUGUAGGAUACAUAAUUUGUCUGUUCUUUUUUUAGCUCUGCGUCUGUUUUUUUAUUGGUCAGACAAUCAGUGACAGUGAUUAGUUGUUCCAGUGUUAAAUUUCUGCUCUCUUUCUGUAGUGUGGCUUCUAAAUCUAAGCCAAAAAAGUGCAAUUUCUUUGACUGUUUACAUACUGUAUGUAUAUUUUUCCUCUUUCCUUUUUUAACUAAGAGCACUACAUUAUUGCCAGUGGAUGAUUAACUUUAUAGCAAAGGUACACAUAAAGAGUUAUUUAUCUAGUUUGCAUGACAUGUAACCUUUGCCUGUUGCCUCUGAUAAUGUGCAUCUGAAAAACAAAACAUCAAAAACAGUUAAUAACUCAACGCCAUAGAAUGUCAGCUCAGACUUUUUGCCUCUAUAUCCAUAAUAAUAAAAGCAUUUUAUGUCUACUACUACUAACCCUGA